GGAGACUGCCUGUUGUAGACUCUGGGUAAUCUUGGGCGAGUACGAAGGGAUCGACGAGGGAGAGAUUCAUGUCGCCAGAGUUGAUUGAAUAUCGUUGAAAUCGUGUUGUCGCAUUGAGGUUGGAAGUAGUUGUGUUGACAAGGCUGGCGACUUUUUUCGAACCAGGGUUUGGCGCGAGGCUGAAAGUGAGGGCCACUCACCACGGCACAGCAACUGAGAUACAGUCAGACUUUCUCUUCCUUCUCAAUUUUUGAAGACUACAAGAUCUUUGUCGCUCCUUUGAUCAUUAUAAGCUAGAGCAAGUCUCUUCGAGAUCCCAGACUGUCCUUUCUGCUCAUCUCACAAUGGUGGCUCACAUCCCUCUCUUCUAUCGGAUCGUCUUCCUCUAUAUCGAUCCCUUGAUCUGCCUUUCAGGAAUCUAUCUCAUGUUCUUCGACCACCAGACCUUCGUUGUGAAUGGCACUCCGAGUUCUUUAUCGGCCUCUCUCUCCAAGGUCGACCCUCUAGCAGCACAUCUCAUCAUGAACAUUGGCCUGUAUUCGAUUUGCAUUUUCUCCUUGCAAGUCCUCCUCCUUCACCAAUUUAAAGACGCUCCGAACGGAUUGAAUGUGAAGCUAUGGCGUAUCCUCAUGUUCUCUAUCUUACUGAUAGAUGUUGGACUUAUAUAUGGUGGAUAUUCUGUGAAUCCGAAGGCGUUCUUGGAUUUUGGUGCGUGGACAACUGGGGAUUGGGGGAACAACGGUAUUCUGGCUGCACUUGUUGUGAUUAGGAGUGCGUUUAUUUUGGGUAUCGGAGGAGUGGGGAAGAAUACUUGAGUUUGAUUCAUGACUUUGGGACAUGUUAUUCUCCGCUCUACCACUAAUUGAAGACUCCCCUCUUCUGCUGCUUGUCCUGGCGACU